CCGAAAUCCUCCGCAACCAGGAGACGACGCAACUAUGUACCACCUUGGACAGGAUCUGCCUGGCAACGAUGUGGACGACAUCGAGGACCUGAUAUCCGCCGACGAUGUGAAGCCACGAGAGCGCUACGAGAACAAGAAGAAUGUGACGGUGCGCGCCAAGAAACGCAUACAAAUCCGGCCAGAAGCUGAGGAGGAGGCGGAGGAGAAACCAAAGCCCACGAUCCACGAGAGCGUGAUACCCGGCACCCAGAAGGUCUUCGUCAAGACCUGGGGCUGUGCCCACAACAACUCGGACUCGGAGUACAUGGCCGGUCAGCUGGCUGCCUAUGGCUACAAACUAAGUGGCAAGGAGGAGGCCGACCUGUGGCUGCUCAACAGCUGCACGGUGAAGAAUCCCUCAGAGGACACGUUCCGCAACGAGAUCGAGUCGGGCAUGCGGAAUGGCAAGCAUGUCGUGGUCGCCGGCUGCGUCCCGCAGGGAGCUCCCAAAUCGGACUACCUCAGCGGUCUCUCCAUCAUCGGUGUCCAGCAGAUCGAUCGCGUGGUCGAGGUCGUUGAGGAGACCCUCAAGGGCCACAGCGUCCAGCUGCUGCAGAACAAGAAGAAGGUCCACGGUCGCCGGGUGGCUGGAGCUCCGCUCUCUUUACCCAAAGUGCGCAAGAAUCCGCUGAUUGAGAUCAUAUCCAUAAAUUCGGGCUGCCUGAAUCAGUGCACCUACUGCAAGACCAAGCAUGCCCGCGGCGAUCUGGCCAGCUAUCCGCCCGAGGAGGUGGUCGAGCGCGCCCGCCAAUCCUUCGCCGAGGGAUGCUGCGAGAUCUGGCUGACGUCCGAGGAUACCGGUGCCUAUGGUCGGGACAUUGGAAGCUCGCUGCCCGAGCUGCUCUGGCAGCUGGUGGAAGUGAUUCCCGAGCACUGCAUGCUGCGCGUGGGCAUGACCAAUCCACCUUAUAUACUGGAACACCUGGAGGAGGUGGCCAAGGUGCUGCAGCAUCCCAGAGUCUACGCCUUCUUGCAUGUUCCUGUACAGAGCGGCAGCGACUCCGUGCUGGGUGAGAUGAAGCGAGAGUACUGCCGGCAGGAAUUCGAACAUGUGGUGGAUUUCUUAAGAGAACGCGUUCCCGGCAUUACCAUUGCCACCGACAUAAUUUGCGGCUUUCCCACAGAGACCGAGGCGGAUUUCGAGGAGACAAUGACACUGUGCGCCAAGUACCGAUUCCCCAGUCUGUUCAUCAACCAGUUCUUCCCUCGUCCGGGCACGCCAGCUGCUAAAAUGGAGCGCAUACCCGCGAAUCUGGUGAAGAAGCGCACCAAACGACUCACAGAUCUCUUCUACAGCUACGAGCCGUACGCCAAGAGAGUGGGUGAAAUAUACACUGUUCUGGUCACGGAAAUCUCCCACGACAAGCUCCACUAUGUGGGCCACAACAAGAGCUACGAGCAGGUGUUGCUGCCCAUGCGGGAGAAUCUUCUGGGCACUCGCGUCCAUGUGCGAAUCACUAGCGUCAGCAAGUUCAGCAUGGUGGGCGAGAUUUUGGAUGACGAACGGGACUGGACGAGAUGUGCCAAUAAGCAGGAGGUCCAGAUCCAAACCAGGAGUCGGGAUCAGCUGAUCCAGCGCUAUGUGGGCAUUGCUUUGGUUGUGGGAAGCCUGGCCUUCCUCAUUCAGCUGCUCUUACGGCUCCUUUAA